UGUAUAUGUAUACAUACGUAUGAACAUAUAUGCAUACAUACAUAAAUACAUAAGUACAUACGUUCAAGUUAUUGAAGCAAAGGUCUGCCCAAUAACCCACGACUCGUUCUAAAUUAAAAACUACAUAGAGAAAAAAUGUGUGUUUAAAAUAUAAUUUAUAAACAACAACAACAAGAAAAACUAGUUAAAAAGUAAUUCGCCAGAAAACAAAGUCCAGCACAACAACAACAAAUACAUAAGCAACAAAGUAAAAACUUCAAAACGGCAGGCAAAUAACCAACACACAUCCCUUCUAAUAAUCCGCAUACACACCACCCACCACUAGCUAACACAGCAAGCAGCCGCCAGCCGCCGCCAGCCGCCAAUCGCCAACCGCCAACUAAAUUGUCGCCGUCACUGUCACCUCGCCGGCGAGUAGUACAACCACUGGAAAUACACAACAAGAAGGGCGGCCAUUUACGGUAACUAGGCAAGAAAGUCGACAAAGCUCGACAGCCUAUCAACUUUACCAAGCAACCAAACAACCAAACAACCGACCGGCCGACCGAGCCGCCGAGGGCACAACACAAUCAUUCAGCUCCAAACUCGGUGACGUACUCUUAUGAAAAUGAAUGCCAGUCUCAUUUACGAAAUCCUCAUGUAUUUAAAUUCAUUCUACUUUGGUAUGUACGCCACAUUUGAGAUUGGUGUCGGUGUCCUCAAGGCAAUCGGAUUGAAUUAUACUUCGAAUGAGCUAACGCACGAGGGGUGCAUAUUACUCGCAUUGUGCAUCGUCGAGACAAUACGAAUUGUAUUAGGUCGGAAGAGCAGUCUAAGCGAUCGUGGUUGGCAAGCAACAGCAUCCGUAAUAUUAACACUGCCCAGCCUUGCUCUCGUCAUCUACUUAUGUUGUUUUCAAACCUACGUUCUCAAACUCGAAAUUAUUCUGAGUGCCUUAAUGAUAGCCCUCCAAGGUGCUGAACUAGUGUAUGCCGGUGUCUUCAUUUGCACCAUGUUCGGUGAUGUUUCGUAUACCUAGCAGUCGAUAAUAAUUUAUGUACAACUGAUACACUUCAAUUCGAAUGAAUUUCACGUCUUUAUUUUCCCAAUGAAUCAGCAAAAAUGUUGAUGCCAAAGGUGCCAAUGAUCGUAAAAAUCACGCAAGCAAAUACCCUGGUACGGAAGUCAACAACCCGACGAAAACGCAAGCGAAGAAGACGACGUACUCAUAUACCAACAAAACCGAUGAUAAUGAUAGCGAUAAGGAAAGCGGAACUCGAAGCAACCGAAAAAUGUGGAGAAAACUCAGUUGGAUUCUAGCGAGAUGAGACACUGAUAAGUACGAGUAAUAUAGACAUACUACUACAUACAUACAUAAUACAUGCCUACUAUUUAAGAGAACAAAAAGCCAGCAUUUUAAUGUAAAGAAAGGAGGUACAAAUGCACCUAGUCGAAUGGGGAAAAGGUAAAGAAAAGAGCUAAAGUGUCAAGCGGAUCGCAAAAAAAGGGAAGAGAAAUAGGGAAACGGAAGGUGAGAAACCGACGAGAGCUCUGUACAUACAUACAUACAUAUGUACAUGUGUAUAGUAGCAUAUCGUGGUGUGUAUGUAUGUACAUAUGUAUGCAGCACAACAAAGGCAAACCAAAACCAUCUCAAUGUGCAAAGGUCAAAAAUUAGCAUACAUUGGCAGCUCCAAGUUGACGUAUGCAAAAUUCAAAAAUACAAUUAAUGUAAGUGCUGCUGACACAAAAGAU